CAUCUUGCAGGAUCAUUGACAUUAGCGAAACAAAGAUGGCAAAGCUUUCAUUCCUUUCAAUGGGGAUGAUCCUCUUCCUGUGUUGCUGCUCGGCCACUGCUGGAACGGCGUCAGCUGAUCAAGGCUACUCGAAGUACAAGGACCCUCGUCAAUCCGUCAACACGCGGAUAAAAGACCUCAUGCAAAGAAUGACCCUUCAGGAAAAGAUUGGCCAGAUGACGCAGGUCGACUACUCGGUGGUCACCCCCGGCACCCUGAGAAACUACUCCCUUGGCAGCUUGCUCAGCGGCGGAGGAAGCACGCCGAUCCCCAAAGCGAAGGCUCGAGACUGGAUGGACAUGGUGAAUAGAUACCAAAACGAAUCUCUCUCUAGUCGCCUCGGAAUCCCGAUUAUCUACGGCAUCGACGCGAUCCACGGGCACAACAACGUGUAUCAAGCCACUAUAUUCCCGCAUAAUGUUGGCCUCGGGGCUACGCGGGAUCUGGAUCUCGUGAAGAGAAUUGGGGCUGCGACCGCACUCGAAGUUAGGGCGACGGGGAUUAAUUAUGUGUUUGCACCAUGCAUUGCGGUAUGCAGAGAUCCGAGAUGGGGCAGGUGCUAUGAGAGCUACAGCGAGGAUCCAUCUGUUGUUCAAGCCAUGACGUCGAUCAUCCCUGGAUUGCAAGGCGAAAUUCCUGCUGGCGGGCGAAAGGGAGUGCCUUAUCUCGGCGGAAAUGACAAGGUUUUGGCCUGUGCAAAGCACUAUGUGGGAGAUGGUGGCACCACAGGGGGCAUCAAUGAGAACAACACGGUGACUGAUUGGCAUCAACUGUUGAGCAUUCACAUGCCCGGUUAUUACAAAGCCAUAAUCGAGGGCGUCUCAACAAUCAUGGUCUCGUAUUCGAGCUGGAACGGAGUGAAGAUGCAUGCUAACCGCUUUCUCAUCACGGACUUCCUCAAGAACACCUUGAAGUUCAAGGGCUUUGUAAUAACCGAUUGGCAAGGAAUCGAUAAGAUCACCACCCCGAUCGGCAUAAAUUACACAUACUCUAUUCAGAUGGGAAUCGAAGCCGGGAUUGACAUGGUCAUGGUUCCCUUCAAUCAUACGGUGUUCAUCGAUACCCUGACCCAAUUGGUCAAUGCCAAUGUGAUCCCCAUGAGCCGGAUUGACGAUGCCGUCAAGAGGAUCUUGAGGGUGAAGUUCACGAUGGGCCUAUUUGAGAACCCUCUGGGCGAUCAGAGCUAUAUUUCCCAGCUUGGAAGCCAGGAGCAUAGAGAUUUAGCAAGGGAAGCGGUCAGAAAAUCACUGGUUCUGUUGAAGAACGGGCACAAUGCGGAUUCCCCAGUGUUGCCGCUUGCCAAGAACGCUUCUAAAAUACUGGUGGCCGGGACUCAUGCCAACAAUCUGGGCUAUCAGUGUGGUGGUUGGACCAUCACUUGGCAGGGUGGAAGUGGCAACAACCUAACCAGUGGGACCCCUAUCCUAGGCGCGAUAAGUAAGGCAGUAGACCUCGACACAGAGGUUGUCUUCAGCGAGAACCCCAAUGCUGACUUCGUCAAGGCACACAACUUCUCAUACGCCAUUGUCGCGGUCGGGGAGCUUCCCUACGCGGAGACGGCAGGAGACAGCACAAACCUGACGGUGGUGGAGCCAGGCGAGGAUAUCAUCUCCAACGUGUGCUCGUCGGUGAAGUGCGUGGUGAUCGUGGUUUCAGGAAGGCCGGUCAAGAUAGAGCCGCUCGUAGCGCAUAUUGACGCACUGGUGGCCGCGUGGCUGCCGGGGAGCGAGGGGGAUGGGGUGGCCGACGUCUUGUUCGGGGACUACGGAUUCACUGGGAAGUUGCCGAUGACAUGGUUCAAGACCGUGGAUCAGCUUCCCAUGAACGUGGGUGACCCUCACUACGAUCCACUCUUCCCAUUUGGUUUCGGUCUCACCACCGAGCCCCACAGGCGGACAGUGAGGGAGAAAUUGAAGAGUGCAACUUCGUUAUUCUAAAUUUUAAGUUUUAUCUUAUCUCAUGAACAUUCAGUAGGAGAUUCUGGUGGGUAUUUCUUUUGCCAACCCAUAAUCAUUUUGGAUCGUGGUUCAAAAUUAGGACAUGGUACAAUUUGAAUAAUCUUCACCAGGGUACUCCAAGCAUUAUUCUGGUUGUUUUCCAUUUUGCAUGAUUGAACUUAAUAGUGAUUUUCUUAUUUUUCA